UGUGCUCACAACUUGGAGGUCAGGGGGAGCUGGGGUCAAGGGUCACAGCCCCUCCCUCCCGUGGUGGCGUCAGCUGUCAGAGCUCAGCUGCUGGGAGCUCCGUUCUGCGCCGCGCCUGCAGGCUCAGGCCCACAGCUAGGCGCCUUUGCCAGGAUCCCGGGUCCUGCCAGGGGUCUUUGGGGCUCCCUGGCCUGGUUUGAAAACACAAUGGCAGGAAACAGCCUUGUCCUACCCAUCGUUCUUUGGGGCCGCAAAGCACCAACACAUUGCAUCUCCGCAGUACUUCUAACAGAUGACGGGGCCACAGUCGUGACUGGAUGCCAUGAUGGACAGAUAUGUCUCUGGGAUCUUUCAGUAGAAUUGGAAGUUAAUCCUCGAGCACUGUUAUUUGGUCACACAGCUUCAAUCACCUGUUUGUCUAAAGCUUGUGCUUCUAGUGACAAACAAUAUAUUGUGAGUGCUUCUGAAAGUGGAGAAAUGUGCCUCUGGGAUGUGAGUGAUGGCAGAUGCAUUGAAUUUACAAAAUUAGCCUGCACACAUACAGGCAUACAGUUCUACCAGUUCUCUGUUGGGAAUCAGAGAGAAGGGAGGCUUUUAUGCCAUGGCCAUUAUCCUGAAAUCCUUGUCGUGGAUGCCACCAGCCUUGAGGUGUUAUACUCCUUAGUAUCCAAGAUAUCCCCAGACUGGAUCAGCUCCAUGAGCAUUAUUCGAUCUCACCGGACACAAGAAGACACUGUGGUAGCACUCUCAGUGACGGGCAUCCUGAAGGUGUGGAUUGUUACCUCUGAAAUAAGUGGCAUGCAGGAUACUGAGCCAAUAUUUGAGGAGGAAUCCAAACCAAUUUAUUGUCAGAAUUGCCAAAGCAUCUCUUUUUGUGCAUUCACACAAAGGUCACUUUUGGUUGUGUGUUCCAAGUAUUGGAGGGUGUUUGAUGCCGGAGAUUAUUCCCUAUUGUGCUCAGGUCCUAGUGAAAAUGGACAGACGUGGACUGGAGGCGACUUUGUAUCCGCGGAUAAAGUCAUCAUUUGGACCGAAAAUGGGCAAAGUUAUAUUUACAAACUACCUGCCAGUAGCCUUCCAGCUAGUGACUCAUUUCGCACUGAUGUGGGGAAAGCAGUUGAAAAUUUAAUUCCUCCUGUACAACAUAGCCUCUUGGAUCGAACAGAUAAAGAGUUGUUAAUUUGUCCUCCAGUUACCCGGUUCUUCUAUGGAUGCAGGGAAUACUUCCAUAAACUGUUAAUUCAGGGAGAUUCUUCUGGAAGAUUGAAUAUUUGGAAUGUUUCAGACACACGUGAUAAACAGGAAGGUGAAGGAGGUAAUAACAAAACCUCCACAGGGUUGGAAAUGACAACUUCCGUUAGUUUGCAAGAGGCAUUCGAUAAGCUGAAUCCUUGUCCUGCUGGAAUUAUAGAUCAGCUGAGUGUGAUUCCCAGCAGUCACGAGCCUCUGAAAGUCACCGCGAGUGUGUACAUACCAGCGCACGGACGACUUGUGUGCGGCCGUGAGGAUGGAAGCAUCAUCAUUGUACCCGCCACACAGACAGCCAUAGUGCAGCUGCUGCAAGGGGAACACAUGCUCCGAAGAGGUUGGCCACCCCACAGAACACUCCGUGGUCAUCGGAACAAAGUCACAUGUUUGCUAUAUCCUCAUCAGGUCUCAGCUCGUUAUGAUCAAAGAUAUCUGAUAUCCGGAGGUGUGGAUUUUUCGGUCAUAAUUUGGGACAUAUUUUCUGGAGAAAUGAAACAUAUCUUCUGUGUGCAUGGUGGCGAGAUUACUCAACUUCUAGUUCCACCUGAAAACUGUAGUGCAAGAGUGCAGCACUGCGUCUGCUCUGUUGCCAGUGACCACUCAGUAGGACUCCUAAGUUUGCGAGAGAAAAAGUGCAUCAUGCUGGCAUCUCGUCACCUUUUCCCGAUUCAAGUGAUCAAGUGGAGGCCUUCUGACGAUUACCUGGUGGUGGGGUGUUCAGAUGGCUCUGUGUACGUGUGGCAAAUGGAUACUGGUGCACUGGAUCGCUGUGUGAUGGGGAUAACGGCCGUGGAGAUCCUGAAUGCUUGCGAUGAAGCAGUUCCAGCUGCGGUGGAUUCCCUCAGCCACCCAGCUGUCAAUCUGAAGCAGGCCAUGACCAGGCGUAGUCUUGCUGCUCUGAAAAACAUGGCGCAUCAUAAGCUACAGACACUUGCAACUAACCUCUUGGCUUCUGAGGCAUCUGACAAAGGAAAUUUACCUAAAUAUUCUCAUAACUCCCUGAUGGUUCAAGCAAUAAAGACCAACCUGACAGACCCGGAUGUACACGUGCUUUUCUUUGAUGUGGAAGCGCUGAUUAUUCACCUCCUGACUGAAGAAGCCGCCAGGCCGAACACUGCGCUUAUUUCCCCAGAGAACUUGCAGAAAGCAUCUGGCAGGCCGGACAAAGGGGGCUCUUUUCUGACCGGAAAACGAGCAGCAGUUCUCUUCCAACAAGUGAAAGAAACCAUCAAAGAAAACAUCAAGGAGCACCUCCUGGACGACGAAGAGGAGGAUGAGGAAACCAUGAGGCAGAGGAGGGAGGAGAGCGAUCCUGAAUACCGGGCCAGCAAAUCGAAGCCCUUGACCCUGUUAGAAUAUAAUUUAACGAUGGACACCGCGAAGCUGUUCAUGUCCUGCCUUCACGCCUGGGGUUUGAAUGAAGUUCUGGAUGAAGUUUGUCUCGAUCGCCUGGGGAUGCUGAAACCCCAUUGCCCAGUUUCAUUCGGUCUCUUAUCGAGAGGAGGCCACAUGUCACUGAUGCUUCCCGGUCAUAACCGGGCCGCUUCUAAGCUAUCCCACGGGAACGCGGACGUCGGAAGGAAGCUGCCGGCAACGGAGGGAGUGGGGAAGGGCACGUACGGAGUGUCCCGAGCCGUCACCACGCAGCACCUACUGUCCGUCAUCUCUUUGGCAAAUACCCUAAUGAGUAUGACCAACGCAACGUUUAUUGGUGAUCACAUGAAGAAGGGCCCGACCAGGCCACCCAGACCAAGCACCCCAGACCUUUCUAAGGCACGGGGUUCCCCUCCAACUUCCAGAAGUGUUGUUCCAGGACAGAUUAAACAAGUUCCUGCACCUGUCCUUUCCGCUCGGUCUGAUGCUGAUCACUCUGGCUCUGACCCAGCUCCUCCUCCUGCUUUACAUACCUGUUUCUUAGUCAAUGAAGGAUGGAGUCAGUUGGCUGCUAUGCAUUGUGUUAUGCUGCCAGACCUGCUAGGAUUGGACAAAUUUCGGCCUCCACUUCUAGAGAUGCUUGCUCGGCGAUGGCAAGACCGAUGCUUGGAGGUCAGAGAAGCUGCGCAGGCCCUGCUGCUUGCAGAACUGAGAAGAAUUGAGCAGGCGGGACGGAAGGAAACCAUCGAUGCCUGGGCCCCGUACUUACCUCAGUAUAUGGACCACGUCAUAUCACCUGGGGUCUCAGCAGAAGCCAUGCAGACCAUCACCACUGCUCCUGAAACCUCGUCGGGGCCAGAGGCCAAAGUCCAGGAGGAAGAGCAUGACCUCGUAGAUGACGACAUCACAACUGGUUGCUUAUCAACUGUCCCACAAAUGAAAAAAAUUUCCACAUCGUACGAGGAAAGACGGAAACAAGCUACUGCUAUAGUUUUACUAGGAGUAAUAGGAGCUGAAUUUGGUGCUGAAAUUGAACCUCCUAAACUGUUGACCAGACCUCGAAGCUCUAGUCAAAUUCCUGAGGGAUUUGGUUUGACUAGCGGUGGAUCCAACUACUCACUGGCCAGACAUACUUGCAAGGCACUGACAUUCCUUCUGCUACAGCCGCCGAGCCCCAAACUUCCCUCCCACAGUACUAUCCGAAGAACAGCCAUCGAUCUGAUUGGACGCGGCUUCACAGUUUGGGAGCCUUACAUGGAUGUGUCUGCUGUCCUAAUGGGGCUUCUCGAACUCUGUGCUGAUGCCGAGAAACAACUUGCCAACAUCACAAUGGGGCUGCCUUUGAGCCCAGCAGCUGACUCCGCCCGCUCUGCGAGGCAUGCCCUGUCGCUCAUUGCCACGGCCAGACCACCCGCCUUCAUCACCACUAUAGCCAAAGAGGUACACAGACAUACUGCUCUCGCAGCAAACACCCAAUCGCAGCAGAAUAUUCACACUACAGCUCUUGCACGAGCCAAAGGGGAAAUUCUGAGAGUCAUUGAAAUUCUUAUCGAAAAGAUGCCCACAGAUGUAGUGGAUCUUCUUGUAGAGGUUAUGGACAUCAUUAUGUACUGCCUCGAAGGAUCUCUAGUUAAAAAGAAAGGUCUUCAAGAGUGUUUCCCAGCCAUCUGCAGACGAUCCAUGGACACAAGGGACCGAUCACUGCAGUGGCCUUUGCUCCUGACGGACGAUACCUUGCCACCUACUCCAACACCGACAGCCACAUUUCUUUCUGGCAGAUGAACACGUCCCUGCUCGGGAGCAUCGGCAUGCUGAACUCGGCGCCUCAGCUGCGCUGUAUCAAAACCUACCAGGUGCCCCCGGUGCAGCCCGCCUCGCCCGGCUCUCACAACGCCCUGCGCCUGGCCCGGCUCAUCUGGACGUCCAACCGCAACGUCAUCCUGAUGGCCCACGACGGGAAGGAACACCGCUUCAUGGUCUGAUGCUGGCGUCUGCCGCCGUGCCUGCAGCUCAGGGCUUCCGUUCUCUAGGCAGACAUCCCUCCCUCCUUCUGUAUGCUGGGUCCUUCCUCAGUGCCUGCCCACACCAGUGUCACCCAGGGCACAGCCAGGUCUGUGUCACCCCUGCAUGGUUCUGGGGGCAGACUCCCGCUCGUGCCACCUUCUGAUUCAGAGGCAUGCACACAUCGCUCUGCAGGCUGUGGUGGCCCUCCUGUCACUAGGUCGUUUUUUCCCUGCCGCAGAGGGAGGGGAAGACGGCGGUCCCUGGGAACGCUCCUGUUGCUGGGUGCGCCAGAAGCCCGAAAAUCAAUAAACACUGUGAUUGCACCCCCCAGCCCAGAUCGGCCUUUUCCUCAAGCUAAACCCCAUCUCUGAAGCACUGCUUGAGCCUGGUCAUUUUGACAAUUGGGUGUUGAGGUAAUGUGCAGUCCUAAUUGUUGAAAUUAUUUUUCUUUGGAUUUCCUAAGACAUGCUACUGUUUACCAAAAAGAUUCUGUGUUUACAUGGGUUUUUUUUUUCCUUCUGCCGAUUGUUUAGGAAAUCACUCAAUCCAAUUUCCUAGGGUUUCGCUACUAGCUUCUUUAUUAUCACCUAACCAAAAGGAGAUGAACGAGAAAAUAUACAAAAAAAAAAAUGUUUCGUUCCUCAUGGAAAACACCGUUUCCCCAGACACCUGGCCUCCUAAAGUGCUCAUAUCCUGCUUAAGUGAUAGUGUGUUUAGUAGCCUAAAAUAAAAAUCACCACUACUAAUGAUGUAGUUAAUAUGAUUAUCCCGCCGCUAUAACUAAUCUCUUAAAUGGAGUUUUGUAAUAAAGAACCAAGUUUGGAAGCAUAACCUAGACCUACAAAGAGGACAGACACUAUGUCUAGUGCUCCAGAUCUUUUAAAGAAAGAGCUUACCCCAUUCCUUCCAGAAACGUUACAGACCUGCAGUCCCCAUGCAUCUGACCUAAUGUCAUUUAUCAUGGAAUAGUUACAAUUCAGCCUUCAAACUACUACUAAUUCAUUAAAGAAAAACUAAGACAGCGCUUCUUUCAAACAAGCAUCCUAGGAAAUUAAGCAUUCAGGAGUAUAUAUAUAAAAAUGUGAGCGCUCCAUCAGUCUGAGCAAACACUGAAAUGAGAAUGUUCAUGACACUUGGAAGCUGGCUUUAACUUGGCUGCUUUCUUCUCGUGUCAAAUUCUGCUGAUUCUUGCUCAUAGUAAUGGGGGGAAAAUCCAUAAAAUAAUAUUUUGUAUGAAUUGCUCCUUGCAAACCUUGAUCUAUAGAUUGUUGGGGAGUUGGUUGGCUGGCUGGUUGUAGAUGGGUUGGUUAGUUGGAUAAAAUGGUUUAUUAAUGCAAAAGCAGAAAAUGAUUUAUGAAAUUCAGAGAAAAUAUGUGACAUUUACAGAGGAACCAAAAUGAUAAUGGGAGCCUUUAAUUUAAAAAACAUAGAUGUCAGAGUUUAUGUAAUAUACAAAAGAGUAGGAUCACAGUCUGGGAACAAAUACACCUGUUAUUCUAUUGACACAGAUUUUUGAAGAGUGUGUUAAGAAAUUAAGACCACUAGCACGUCUUUCAUGUUGAUAUGAAGUAUGUUAUUUCUAUUGAUGGCAAACCUUCAUUAUUCCUUGGUUGUAGACUUUGAGUGUUCUUUCAAAAGUGAAUUUCUGCCACAUGCAUGUACAUUGUAUUUAUAAAGAUUAUAUAUGUAGUUUCCAGGAAGAAACAAAGAACUACACAGUGUAGACUUUAUUUGUUUGAUGAACAUACUAUUGUGUUCGAUGUAGAUAGAGGAACCUGAGGUAAACAAAAGGUGCACUUGGUUUUUCCAGGGGGCUCCUGAGUCAUCUCCAUAACCCAGCGGUGUUUACUUUAUGAACUUAAAUGGGGAUUAAUUUAUUCUAGACUGCACAGCUGUUUGGGAAUGAUGAGGUAGAAGUAUACCUUAGGGAUUUUUUUUAAAACAACAUGUUCAGUGCAUCUGGAGAAAGAUGUGAGACCGGUAGGCAGGCCACCACCACACCUGCACGGAUGGAUGGCAUGCACCGUGGAGAGUUAGAGCAAAGCAGCGAGGGCCUAGGCAACUGGCAUAGGCCAGCCUGUUACGCAGCGUCUGCACAGACAGCCGAAAUUAUUGGCCAGUAGACUAUUACAACUAUAAAACUCUGGGGGUAGAUGAUACUUGAUGGUUAGACAGAUAGCUCUAACUGUUCAACUAUAAUAAUAUUUGCAUUCUUGUUAACAAAUCUUUCCUUGGUUAUUUUGACAACCACAGUCCUAACGUCAUCACAUCCCUGAUGGUAAACUUUGUAUUGUCAUCCCAUGUACGCCUUUAGUGUUUUAUUCAUUUUCUUGGCACUGUUUUUGGACUUGUCCUUGUAAAUGUAGAGACAUAUGUGGCUUCAUUGAUAACUUACAAGCAAAAUAUGACGUGACGUGACGUGACACCUGUAUGAAAAUGUAAUGAUUGAACUCACUGUGCACAGGAAGUGAAUUAAAAUGUCUGCCUCUCGAGACAUUUCUUGAUAAUUCCACUUAAUAGACUCUAUAUGUGCUGAAUGUUCCUCUGUACAUAUGUGUGUGAAAUAAAACUGAAUUGUACUGAA